GAGAACAGAGAUCCGAGAGAAAGCGACGACGGCGACGACAUAACUUCUCGCCGGAAAAUGAAACGCGAUAUUUUCCGGCGAGCACUUGCGGCGGCGAGGAUGACCGGCCAUCGCCGGAGAUUCAACAGGAGCAAAAGCGAAGGGGAAGCAGCGACGAGGAAGGCGAAGGUGGAGGUGGAGGUGGAGGUGGAGAAGGAAGAACAGAGGUCGUCGUCGUCGAUGAAACGGCGAUUGGUGAAGUUCGAGGAGUUGCCGGAGUAUCUGCAAGACAACGAGUUCAUCUUGGACCAUUACCGGUCAGAGUGGUCGGUGAAGGAGGCGUUGUGGAGCGUCUUCGCUUGGCACAACGAAACCCUAAAUGUUUGGACGCAUUUGGGAGGGUUUUUGAUAUUUGUGGCGAUGACGGCGAUGAGCUUCCCGGCGGCGACGACGGAGCUCGGUGGUUUUCUCUCCAAUAUCUACAGAGGACGAGCGAUGGGGUUGAUGGCCACCGCGAAGGAGAUCAACGGUUCAGAGACUGACACCAAAGGAUUUCAGGAUUCGCAUUUGAGACGCGUUCUUGAACCAUCCAUCUUUCAUGGGCUGAGAGAAUACGAUGCAGAAAGUAUCCCCAGAUGGCCAUGGUUUGUUUUCUUAGCUGGAGGAAUGUGCUGCUUGGCUUGCAGUUCUCUUUCCCACCUUCUAGCCUGCCACUCCAAACGCUUUAACCUGUUUUUCUGGCGUCUAGACUACGCUGGAAUAUCCAUCAUGAUAGUCUCCUCCUUCUUUGCUCCAAUUUACUAUGUCUUUUACUGCAACCCUUUCAUAAGGUUUUUGUACUUGACAUCAAUAUCAGUGCUUGGUGUUCUUGCCAUAAUCACCCUUCUAACCCCCGCACUUUCCACACCGCGCUUUCGAUCCUUUCGAGCUUCUUUAUUCCUCUCCAUGGGCUUUUCUGGUGUCAUUCCUGCAGCUCAUUCUCUUGUGAGCAACUGGGGCCACCAUCAUAUUCUUGUUGCUCUUGGAUAUGAGCUCCUAAUGGCCGUUCUUUAUGCCACAGGAGCUGUGUUUUAUGUUACUAGAAUACCAGAGCGAUGGAAGCCUGGAGCAUUUGAUAUUGCAGGACACAGCCAUCAGAUUUUUCAUGUUUUUGUUGUUCUUGGGGCACUUGCACAUAGUGUUGCCACGCUGGAGAUAAUGAAUUUUCGACAGGGAUCUCCGACCUGUGCAUUUUAGUCAAUUUCGUGUAUUGAGAGUUGUUCCUGUUGUAUGAAUUGCAUUAUCAUUCUUUGAAUGAAAUAGCUUGCUGAUUUAUGUGCA